GGGGCGCGGACCUCGACGCAGGCAUGUGGGCGCAGGUGUGGCACGCUGUGCCGACGGAGCUGUUCCCUUCAGCCAGGCUGCUCAUUGUUACCUUGGUUAUCCGUGGGCUGGCUGGAUGGAAGGAGCGCGUCAUGGGCAAAAUCGAGUCCUUCCCGCUGUGCCUUCUUCGCGUCCUCUCUGCGCCGCAGGGCGAUCGAUCGGACGAGAGGCAGGACGUGGCUGCCAUGCUCUUGAGCGCGGAGCCCGCAGACCUCGACCUCUCUACCAGCGACGUGGCACUCAAACUUCGUGAUCAGUUCAUAGAUGAUUGGAAACAGAUGGAAUAUGAUGGGUCCUGCUCGCCGAGGCUUUACGCGUGGCUGUUGAUGUUCCGCCACCAGCUCCCACAUGAUACACAAGACAUCGAGGGUGCAAACAGUGUGCUGCAGCGCAUGGCCGCCGCGGCGCCGAGGAUGCAGAUCCCGCUGGCCUCGGACUGGCUGCGCGUGAAGCUGGGGACGCCGAUUUCUGCGAGCGCCUGCGCGGACAUGCACGAGGCCGCCGUGCAGCACAUGGGCACCGCUGAACACGAGCAGAGGUUCAUCCCCGUGCCCGACGCGGAGGGAGCAGGCCUGCUGCUCGCAGAUGCCAGGGGGGUCACGAAGAGGAAGUUGCCGAAGAAGGCGGUUUCAUUCAUGAUGCGGACGGCCGCGAGGUUCACCCCCCCGAUGACGGCCAUGAUGCCGGUGCAUGCGAGCAGGGCUUUCUCUCUCCGCGGGCCUGGUGAUGUCGAACGCCCCGCUUUCCUCAUGUGCUGGUCCUACUACUCGCGUGUGACGGCGGCUACUGGCGUGUUGAGGCGAGUGGCCGGCCAUGCACGUUUUCAUUUGGAUGUGCCGAUCUGCCUCAUCGCCCUCUUGGAUUUGGUCGCCGAGCGCCGGGAGGCCGACGCCGUCCACGGAGCAGGUCCCAUGCAGAUCUGGCAUGGCGCCCUUGCGUGGGAGUCCUUGAACGUUGCCAAGUAUGACGAGGAGGAGGAGCACGCCGUUCUGCCGCGGAAGCUGAAAGCUGGAGCCGACGAGGGCGCCGCGGGGCCAGACGACUACGAGCCAGGCGACGCCCACGAGGGUGACCCAGCAGCCGCAGCUGCCGAUGUAGACUUGGAUGAGCUGAUGGAGGAGCUUCUGGGUGGAGUGAUGGAGAAGGAGGGGGAGUGCGACGGCGGCGUGGACGAGGCGCACUUGGCUGCCCACCCAGAGCACGUGGAACUCUGCGCGGAUGGGGCGGAGGUGGAGGAGGGCGGACCUUCCGGCAUAGGAGCUUGCAGAAGGCUCGUCGACCCCAGUUGGUCUUAUUCAUCGAAGAUAGAUUCUGCGCUGAGGAAGGCGAAUAAGAGCAAGGGUAAGCCGAUUGAAAAGGGUACCGUCAGCCUCGUCACCAAGAGCGACGGCCGUGCUUUGUUCAUCGUGUGGACCCAUCUUGCUACCCAGAUGGGCAGGGUCAUGCGCUUGGACGAGAGGGAUCGCAUCAUCGCCCUGGCGCCCUUCCUUCAGCCCGUAUGCAAGCAGGAUGACAUCAAGGAAGUUGUUGUGCACGUGACUGGUCUGUACCAGGGCAGGGCCCCCAAGCCAGAGCGGCCGCACGUUGACGAGUGGCUAUUGUUAUUGAGGCUUCGCGAGAACACGCAGUUUUGUCAGGGCCCGAUCGCGCCCAAGGCUGGCGAAGAGUGCGUGGCGUGCAAGGUGUCCUCUGCUCUUGCCCCAGACCCGACGCUCCACGACCUCUUUUAUUACCGCUGCAAGAUCUGCCUGCUCCUGUGGCACAACGCGUGCUCGAACCGCUGCCGCGCGCACUGCAACUUUGACGACUUUGUCUGCCCU